UAGUAUUUUUAAAUCCUCCACGCUCUCUCCGGAGUGAUGCGGUCUGAUAUUUGUCGUUGCAGUGAACUGAGUACAGUAAGGAACCAGAAGACACAGGACUGCAUUUAACAGCUCCCACGUCCUCUGUGGAUUUUUAUUUGUGUACUGACAUGGCAAAAGGGAAGAAAAAUGUGCUGAGAGUCGACAAAAAGCCAGAGAACCCUGCUGAAGAUACAGUAACCUCACUGACGGAGACAAAGGAAAACAAGCCAGCAAAUAACAAGGGUUGUAAAGGUAACGUGCAGACAGUUCUCCCAAGUCUACGGACUCCAAGCAAGCCCAGGUCCCCUCUGAGUGACAGCUCAAGCACGCUCAUUCAGGAAGGAAAUGAUUCGGAUUCAACUAAACCAGAAAUGCCAAGACUGAAAAAAGGCUCAUCCAAUAAAAUGAAAGCUGAGGUAUCCAAAGUCCAGAAGGCUGAAAUGGCUUGUCAUAGUGAUGAAACAAGAGAAAAGGCCUCUGAGCAACCUGAGCAACCAAGCUCCACCUCGCAUACUGACGUCAGGUCUGCAACAGAUGGCAGUGUCCCAAAAUCCAAGUCUCGGGGCAGAAAUGGACACAAGCUGGGAGCAAAAAAGAUGGAGAGUAAAGCUCUUCAAAACAGAAAGGUCACUGACUACUUUCCCAUCAGGCGCAGUAACAGAAAAACAAAUGCAGAGUUAAAGAGUGAACAACACAAGCACCUCGAUGACCUGAUAAAGAAUGACAUUGAAGAAGGAAUGGAGGUCAAAAACAUAGACGGCAAGGGGAGAGGGGUAUUUGCUGUGAGUGGUUUCAAAAGGGGAGAUUUUGUCGUGGAGUAUCACGGAGACCUGCUGGACCUGGCUGAAGCUAAAAUCAGAGAGGCCCAGUACGCUGAGGAUCCUCAAACAGGCUGUUACAUGUACUACUUCCAGUAUCAAUCCAAAACUUACUGUGUUGAUGCCACAAAGGAAACGAGUCGGCUCGGUAGGCUGGUCAACCACUGUAAAACUGGAAACUGCCAGACGAGGCUUCACCCCAUCGAUGGAACGCCUCACCUGAUCUUGGUCGCCUCCAGAGACAUCAAUGCAGGCGAGGAGCUGCUUUACGAUUAUGGCGAUCGGAGUAAAGCCUCAAUCCUUGCUCACCCAUGGCUCAAACACUGAGACCUUGACUUUUUUUUUUUUUUUCCGUUAAUAUAUGAAUUUGUCCCGUCUGCUGUCCAGUUUCUUUAUGGAAAAAGAUGUGAUACUUGAAAUGUUUUAUUUUGUAUAGAUGCUCAAACUUCAGCUGGUGAAGUAUAUUUUUUUUAAUCAGGAUUUUAUAUCUUUAUGAAAUGUAGCAGUCAUUUUCUUUGAGAAGCAGGUUUGCACUGUGAACGGGGUUUCCUUUAGUAAUUGUCAUUCUAGCUUUUGUAAAUUAUUACAUGUGCUGUAAAUUGAGGAAUAAAGCGGUCUUCAUUCCUGCCGUGACAUGAUUGGUGGUGCAUUUGAUAACUACAUAAGGGACACAUCUACUAUCCUCCAGGUGGGACAA